UAGAACCCUCGGCCCUGAACUUCUAGAACCCAGGCAGCCCGGCCUGGACUGCUGUCUACUUCCCUGCCCUCCUCUUGUCUGGCACUCUUGUUCCUUCCUGAACUGCCACCCUGGAAUUGUCUCGGGUCCCCAAGGAACAGACCAGUGGCUUCUCCACGUCUGCCAUUGCCCAGCACUUCUGGUUCUGGGCCCUAGGUCUCUACUCUACUGAGCGUCACUUAGCCAGGAGGCUCAAGCACAACAGCUUUUACCCCUUCCAGCAGCAGCAGCAGGAUGUCUUUGUGCUAGAGUACUUCCUGGACACGCUCUGGAAGGGGAUGCUGCUCUUCAUCUUCUGCCUUGUCUUGGUCUGCACUGGUACCCUGGAACAGGUAGAGAAGCAGGAGACCUGGUGUUUUCCUGCCUAUGGCAUGGCUAUCGGCCUGUGGCUCAUGAUCUCCUCAUUGCCCCGGCGCCGCCUAGUGCUGAAUCACACCCGUGGCAUGUACCAUUUCUCCAUCAGCGGCCGAACUGUAUGUCAGGGGCCAAUGCAUCUGGUCUACGUGCGCCUGACACUCAGCUCUGAUGCCUAUGGCAGGUGCUUCUUCCAGCUGGUCCUUUGUGGCCACAAGCUAGAGCCGCUUGUCCUGGUACAGCUGUCAGAGCGCUAUGAGCAAAUGGAAUUCCUGGGCCGGCACAUUGCCCGGAAACUCAACAUCAACUACUUUGACUACCUGGCUGCCUCCUACCGUCACGUGGUCCGCCACUGGCCACUGGGGGCGACCUUUAACCCUGGCAUUGUGCAGCGAAAGGCACAGGCCUACACCAAGUCAAGUGUCACCGACCUGGAUGUUUAACCCUGGGGCCUGAAUCCCAACCUCCUUUUCCCGACACUGUCCUUAUCCCCAUCCUGGAGGGACGGCCAGCCAGCCCCACCUACCAGCCUUCCUCUUACUAAAGCUGCUUCCGUCUCCA